GCACACGAGUGUCGGCGGGGUCCGUGGGCACUCCGGGACGCUUUCACGCAAGGGCGCGACUCCGGGCGCCCAGACAUUCGGGGCGCGAGCCGGACCGAGCCAGCCCCUGGCAGCGCCACCCGCGCCACGCCAUCUCCGAGUGGCGAUCUCCGAGCUCGGCAGCGCUGGGCGGCGGGCCAGGAGGGGAGGGUCCGGCCUUGCCCGGCGGGCGUCCAUUGGCGGCUGCUCCCGGCGUCCGCUGUGCAGCCGGCUGCAGAGCCCGCAGGUGCCCCGCGCGCGCGCGCCAGACCCGAGUGGGUAGGGGGCGCCGCACUCGCCAUGCUGCGCGCGCCGCGGACCCUGGCUCCGGCCACGGCGCAGCCCACAAAGAGCUUGCCGACGUUGAACCCCACGGAGCUGUGGCCUUCGGGUCUGAGCAGUCCCCCGCUCUGCCCGGCCACCGCCGCCACCACCUACUACACCUCGCUUUACACGCAGACGGUGCCUACCUCUGUGGCGCUGGGCACCUGCCUCGACGCCACUCCCCACGGACCCGAGGGCCAAAUCGUGCGAUGUGUACCCGCAGGCCGGCUGCCGGCCAAAAGGAAGCUGGACCUGGAGGGCAUUGGGAGGCCUACGGUCCCUGAAUUCCCGACUCCCAAGGGGAAGUGCAUCCGCGUGGAUGGUCUGCCAAGCCCCAAAACCCCCAAGUCUCCUGGGGAGAAGACACGCUAUGACACGUCGCUGGGGCUGCUGACCAAGAAGUUCAUUUACCUCCUGAGCGAGUCGGAGGAUGGAGUCCUGGACCUCAACUGGGCAGCCGAGGUGCUGGAUGUGCAGAAGCGCCGCAUCUAUGACAUCACCAACGUGCUGGAGGGCAUCCAGCUCAUCCGCAAGAAGUCCAAAAACAACAUCCAGUGGGUAGGCAGGGGACUAUUUGAAGACCCCACCCGACCCUCCAAGCAGCAGCAGCUGGGGCAGGAGCUGAAGGAGCUGAUGAAUGCGGAGCAGACCUUGGACCAGCUCAUUCAGAGUUGCUCGCUGAGCUUCAAGCACCUGACCGAAGAUAAUGCUAACAAGAAAUAUCCUUGCUGCGGGGAGGGGGAGGGGGAGGGAGCAGGGCCUCGGGUUGUAUACUCAGUUGAUUUUUUUUUUUUUUUUACUCUGGAAGGCUGGUUUCCCCCAAGGAAAAACAAGGUGUCCUCCCUACAAGGAGACUCGCAGACUGGACAGUGGAAUGGUGAUGUCCUUGUAGCAGGGCUGGGCAGUGUCAGGCUUGGGCUGAGCUUGCUCAAAUGGGAGAACCUGCAGAUUUAUCUAAAGAGUACCCAAGGCCCCAUUGAAGUCUACCUGUGUCCGGAGGAAGGGCAGGAGCCAGACAGUCCUGCCAAGGAGGACCUCCCCUCCACCUCUACCCUCAGCCCCAUCCCUGACUGCUCUCAGCCUGGCUGCAGCUCUGACCCUGGGAUUGCAGAGACCAUAGACUCGUCAGUACUGAUGCCCCAGCCUGGACCACCGCCACCACCGCCUCCACCGCCUCCAGCCCCGUCCCUCGUCCCCUUGGAAGCCACUGACAACAUGCUGGAGCUGUCGCACCCACUUCUGCAACAGACUGAGGACCAGUUCCUGUCCCCAAUCCUGGCUGCCAGCUCCCCUCUGAUCAGCUUCUCCCCGCCCUUGGACCAGGACGAGUACCUGUGGGGCAUGGAUGAGGGGGAGGGUAUCAGUGACCUCUUCGACUCCUAUGACCUUGGGGACCUGUUGAUUAAUUGAAGCAUCCUGCAUCUGUCUCUACCUCCUCACAGACAGAUUGACAGGCUCUCUGCCCAGAUGGGGGACACCGAACACCAGGUGUCACCCUCCUUCCGUGUGUGAGCGGCUCCAUUCCAGCCUUUCUUCCGGUGGAGGCCAGCUAGGGCAGUGUGGAGGAUGUGGCUAGGGAGUGUGUGGGGCUAAGCUCUGAUCCUCCUCUUCUGACCUCCCACCCCUUCAUGAAGGACUACAGGUGCAGGUGGCCACGUUCAGGGAAAGGGUUCGCUGCCCCCUUCGGAGGGGCAGCAGGGCUCUGGCUUUUUCAAGAAGCACUUAACGCCUUUGUAUUUAUUUCAAGUUGAGUUGUGUGUGUUUGUCCACCCUGAGUUUUAGCAGGGAGAUUUGUUCUAGUUUCUCCUCAGACAGGCCCACCUGCGCCCGGCGCCUAAGGGCACAUCUGGGCUUCCAGGGGUCUAGGGCAGCUCCUUGCCCCUUCCUCCUGCCCCCAUAGCGGCGCCUGGGUCUUGAGGAGACUAUCCAGUUUGCUUGAAUAUUAAUUACACUUAGGUUUUGUUAUUUUAGUAGAUGUCGGGCCCAGCCAAGGCAUCAGCGUGGGGAAUUCUCCAUAUCUCCAUCCAAGAGAAGGUUCCAGUAGCUACCCUGGGGGAGGUAGCCGAGGGGGCUGGCUUCCCAUUGAAUCUCUUAGCUUUCCUGAGCCUCAGAAUGUAAAUGUCGGCCUUCAGGAAUUAGCCCAGAAGAGCUCCUGGGAAAAGCAGGAGGCAUGUGUCAUGGCUCCUAGAUGCCCUUCCUCAGAGGUCAGAGACCUGGAAGGUGGAGGCAGAGAGAAGUUUGGGAAGAAAACAAGAAACAGCCUGGGGGCUGCCCAUGUUUCCCUGGGAGGACUAUUUUGUUUCUUGGUUGCAGUUGUUGGAGGGGGAGAUUCAGGUACACACCGACCGUCCCAAGCCCUCAUUUCACUCCCAAGGUCAGAUGUGACAGGAGCUUGGGGGCAGGUUUGCACCUUUCCCUGCUGGAGCGUGGCAGGGAUGGGGUGCUCUUCCCUGCCGACUAGGCCUCGGCAGCUCAUGAGGAGAUAGGCUGCUGCCUGCCACCUCUCCUGGUGUGGGGAUCUGGGAAGAGCUCUGGGUCUCACUUCUUUUGCCCAUAGACUGACCAUGCAGGGUUCCUGUGGUCAGAUGGGGACAGGAAUCUGCUUUUCUCCUGCCCUUCCGGGGUGGAGAAUGUGUGGGGCUUAGCCAAGGCCAUGUGUGUGGAGAGGUGUACCCAGGGUGACAGGGUCUGAGAGGCCUUCCACCCACCCUCAGGGAGCCUGGGUUCCUCGGGGCCUCAAUGGGGCAGCACUUUUUGUUGUUGUUGUUGUAAGUUUGUAGCAUUAAAUUGAUUUAAAAGAUGAAGUUGGCUAUGCUAAGUAGCUCCUAGCUAGCUGACUGGAAUUUUGAAGUUUGGAUGUUGAGCUAAUAUGAACUGGUACCCAUCUGGGUUAAUUUGUCUUUUCCUUGGCUCAGCCUCCUGGGCCCACAAAGUUAAUCCUGUCCGAGGAGUGGUCAGUGACUCACAACUCCCCUACUUGAAAUUUGUCUACUUUUACACAGAGAGUGUCCAAUCUUUUGACAUAUGUGACCUCGUCGUCUCUAAAGUUCACCCUCAAGAACUGCAUGGAUAAGCUACCAAAAAAAAAAAAAAAUCUCAUGAUGUUUUAAGAACGUUUACAACUUUGUGUCGGGCUGUGUUUGUAGGUAUUUGUGGCCCAUGCUGCAGGUUAGACACACCCGCUACAGACAUGUCCUUGGUCUCUACCAAGCACGGGGGUUUCUCAGACCACCUGGAAGCCCAGUGUGUUCUAGACACAAGGGGACCCUUGAGUGAUGAGAGUGCUCCCUGGGAUCUGGUUUGAUGCACCUGAGGCCAGAGACAGCAUUGCUGUUCCCUGGUCUGUGCCAUUUAGCUAUGUACCAACUCAAAAUGGAGAUGCCUGACCUCUGUGCCUUGGGCUCCAGGUGGAGAGCUAGGGUUAGCGGGAAGAGGCCUGUGGUCCCUGUCUGGAGUGAGGUGAAGAAUGCCGUCCAGAUUCAAGCUCAGUUACUAAAGGCCCAGCACAGGCAUGGAUGAAGGCCUUCUCAGCAGUUGCCUUUUGAUCUCUGAGCUCUCAUCAACCCUGCCUGGUCAAGGGACUGGACCUCCCGGGAGAAGCCCGAGGCUUGCUCGCAUGGGAAACAAGAAGCUCAUGCCUCUUUCUUGCCAAUGAUACUUGAGACCUCUAAGUUCCUUAGCGUGCUUUAAAAGAUUGGGGUAUAUCCCAUUUGGAACAUUGUUUUCAGUGGCUUUUAUUUUUUAUUUUUUUGGGAGACAGGGUUUCUCUCUGUAGCCCUGGCUGUCCUGGAACUCACUCUGUAGACCAGGCUGGCCUUGAACUCAGAGAUCUGCCUGCCUCUGCCUCCCAAGUGCUGGGAUUGAAGGCGUCACUGCCCGGCCUGAGUCCUUUAGGCCCUGGGGAGCUUACCUGCUGGGGUGGGAACAUGCCAGUUUCUUUCUGAGGGAAAUCCUUGCUUCAGGGAGGUUUCCCAGCCCCACCAGUGUCCCCUGGGGAUGUCCCUGGGGACCCCAGAGCAUUUAGCAGAAUUAAACUUGUAAAUAGGCUUGGAAAUGCACCAUUGAAGAUGUCAGGAUGAAUCCCUUCUCUGUGGUGCCAAGGCCAGCUUGUGUGGCUGUGAGGAGUAGGAGUUUGGGGGAGUUUAUAAACUAUUUCAGGGGGCGCAGUGUGGUUUCCCCUCCCUGUGUGUUCUCAGCCUCUCUUCUGCACAGAUUAGGGUUGUAAAGAGUUUGCUCGUGCCGACAUGGGGUGUUCUGUAGCUUCAGCAUGUCUGAAAACGCUGGGGUUGAUUAGAAGCGGUAGUUUUGGUUUCUGUCAUACACAGAGGCCCCGCCCCACCCAGGUCGUCUCUUCUCCCACAGGCUCUUCAGGGAGCAUGGUGGCUACAGGUCUGGCCAGCUUCUGGCUCCUAGGAGAUAUGAAUGAAGUCCUGUGGGUUUUGAUCGUUUUGAGGAUGCCUGGGGGUGGGGGAGUCUGGGUUGGGACUCCACGUGAGUCACCUACCUCCUGUUUUCACCCAAAGUCCUGCCUUGUACAACCACCAAGUUUCAUUCUGUCGUGAUAAUUGGGCAUUAAAUAAUGGCAGCUCUGGUCA